AUACUCCACGAUAACUAGCACUCCAUAAUCUGUCCUGGUUAUUGAUAAGACCCCCUGUAUCUCAAUAAGACCAGAUAGACAAAGAGACCAAUUCUCCAAAACCAGGUAUAAACACCAGGUUGUACCCCAGGAAAGAUCAUCAAUGUACCAGAGCAGUAGCUAUAAUUAUUAAAUCUCUAGUGUCUAUUAUCCUCCUCUCGGAAUCUGGCGCUUAAUCGUUAUUGCCAAUAGUCUAGAGCCACAGGCAAAAACCCACUCUUUAUUCGUUAAGGCCAGCUUGCACCAAAAUUUCCCCAUCUGCCUAAAAGUUCCCUCUUCUCCCCCCCUCCCCUCCUUUCUCGCAUGGAUGCCUCUGCCUCUUGAGCCAGACACGCCUCCCUUGCCUCGCCAUCUCCCCUCUACUACGCCAGGAUCAUCCCUCCAUGUCCCCCACGCUCAUUACCCUCGCCACCAUCCCCAGGACCAGGAGCAGAACGCGGUUGAACUCGAUUCUUUAGGCGCACGCGACGCGCCCACCCUCCCUCCAUACACCCCCGCGAUACGACCACCUUUCACUCCUUCACCAGAUAUUACCGAUUGUAAAGAACAGGACCAGUUUGAGCUAGAAGAAGAAGAGGAGGAGGAACAAGAGGAAAACGCGGCAUUUCUUGGGGAAGCUCCGGAUCAUCGUGGCCGUGAUCGAACCCAGAUGAAGCGUAAGAGCGUUGCCAAGCGCCGCUCCAAACCGAGCCUGACCAUCGCGACCGGGCAGAACGGCCAUGCGAGUGGCAGCAGCGGAGACAUGAAUUCCGCCGGCGUCGAAAUGCGCAAGAGGGACGCCUCCCUCGAGUCGUCGACCCCUUCGGCGCGCGCAGCGCGCCUGAUCUCAAGAUCCGACUUUACCCUGGACGAGGAGCCGCCCAUGACCCCCCAGACACCCGCGAUGACAACAACCAGUUUCCAUAGCCUGCCGCUGAACGACCGGAGGAACUUCUUGUUGCUUGUGCUGCUGUAUUUCUUGCAGGGGGUGCCGAUGGGCCUGGCGUCGGGCUCGGUCCCGUUCCUGCUCAAGCCGUACCUGUCGUACGGCCAGAUCGGGAUCUUCUCCCUCGCCUCGUACCCAUACUCGCUCAAGUUGCUGUGGAGUCCGAUUGUGGACGCUGUCUGGAGUACCCGCUUCGGCCGGCGCAAGAGCUGGAUCACCCCUGUCCAGGUGGUGUCGGGUCUGGCCAUGAUUUACCUGGGAGCAAACAUCGACGAGAUGAUGAAGGCGGCCGGAGCGAACGGUGGAGCCGGGGUCUGGGACUUCACCUGGUGGUGGUUCGUGCUGGUGUUCUUCUGCGCGACGCAGGACAUCGCGGUCGACGGGUGGGCGAUCACUCUGCUGUCGCCGCCGAACAUCUCGUACGCCUCGACGGCGCAGACCGUGGGGCUGACCGCCGGGCAUUUUCUGUCCUAUACCGUUUUUUUGGCCUUUAACUCGGCCGACUUUGCCAACCGCUGGUUCCGGAGCACACCCGCCGAGGGCGGUUUGCUGUCACUGGGCACCUAUCUGACUUUCUGGGGUUGGGCGUACCUGGUGGUGACGGUGUGUCUGGCUGUGUUGAAAAAGGAAGACCGCACCAGAGAGCGGGACGGGAUCUUGGACGUGUACAAGAGCAUGUGGAGCGUUCUAAAGCUGAAGAACAUCCAGACCAUCAUCAUCAUCCACCUGAUCGCCAAGAUCGGCUUCCAGGCCAACGAUGGCGUGACGAGUCUGAAACUGCUGGACAAAGGGUUCGGCCAGGACAACAUGGCCCUCGUCGUUCUCAUCGACUUCCCCUUUGAGAUCGGCCUAGGCUACUAUGCUGGCAAAUGGUCCACCGAGUACACGCCCAUGCGACUCUGGUGCUGGGCCUUCAUCGGCCGACUCGCAGCCGCCGUGCUGGCCCAGGCCACCGUCAUGAUCUAUCCGGCCAGUCUCGACGUCCCCUUCUGGUACCUGCUAGCCGUCAUUGGCGAGCAUAUCAUUUCGACCUUUAUGAACACGGUCAUGUUUGUCGCUGUCUCUGCUUUCCAUGCCCGCAUCGCCGAUCCCAGCAUCGGUGGAACCUACAUGACAUUACUAGCUACUGUAUCCAAUCUUGGUGGAACAUUCCCCCGCUACUUCAUCCUCAAGCUGGUGGACCUCUUCACCGUAGCGACAUGUCUCCCACCCACCACAGUUCCCAACCCGGACACCCUAAAGGAACCGCUGGUGACCGAGGCGUUUUCCUGCGCGCUGGAGCCGGACAAGAACCGAUGCGUGCGCGGCGGAGGUACAUGCGAGGUCGGACGGGAUGGGUACUAUAUCACCAACAUCAUCUGUGUCCUGCUCGGGGUGGUCACCUUUGUCAUGUUCAUCAAACCGGCCGCCUUGAAGCUGCAGACCCUUCCCCUGCGGGCAUGGCGGUUAGUGCCAGGCAGGGAUAAUAUGUAAACUAAUUGAUAAAAUCAUACACAAGGUUGUACAAGUACCGUGUCUUCUCCGCAUUGCAUUCAGAACACUUUCUACAAUUAUUAGAUUGACAACUAUUAUUUCGAUCCUGAAAAUAAUCAUAGCAUGAUU